GCCGCAGCCAGCAGCCUGCCGCCGCCGCCGGGUUGUGCCUCAGACUGUCAGAUAAAUCGGCGGGCCGGGCCGGCGGGUCGGUGAACGCGGCCCGGGCCGGACAUGGCGGCGCUCUACGCCUGCACCAAGUGCCACCAGCGCUUCCCCUUCGAGGCGCUGUCUCAGGGGCAGCAGCUGUGCAAGGAAUGUCGGAUUGCACACCCUGUUGUGAAGUGCACCUACUGCAGGACUGAGUACCAGCAGGAGAGUAAAACCAAUACAAUAUGCAAGAAAUGUGCUCAGAACGUGCAGUUGUAUGGAACGCCCAAACCUUGUCAGUAUUGCAACAUAAUUGCGGCAUUUAUUGGGAAUAAAUGCCAGCGCUGCACAAAUUCAGAAAAGAAGUAUGGACCACCCUAUUCUUGUGAACAGUGCAAGCAGCAGUGUGCAUUUGACAGGAAAGAUGAUAGAAAGAAGGUAGAUGGGAAAUUGCUGUGCUGGCUAUGCACACUUUCAUACAAACGGGUCCUUCAGAAGACCAAAGAGCAGAGGAAACACCUGAGUAGCUCUUCUCGUGCUGGCCACCAGGAGAAGGAGCAGUAUAGUCGCCUGAGUGGUGGUGGCCAUUAUAACAGCCAGAAAACACUUUCUACAUCUUCAAUUCAAAAUGAAAUCCCAAAGAAAAAGUCCAAGUUUGAGUCAAUCACAACUAAUGGAGACAGCUUCUCCCCAGACCUGGCUCUGGACUCACCAGGCACUGACCACUUUGUCAUCAUUGCCCAACUGAAGGAAGAAGUGGCUACCCUGAAGAAGAUGUUGCAUCAAAAGGAUCAAAUGAUUUUAGAGAAAGAGAAGAAGAUUACAGAGUUGAAGGCUGAUUUUCAGUACCAGGAAUCGCAGAUGAGAGCCAAAAUGAACCAGAUGGAGAAAACCCACAAAGAAGUCACAGAACAAUUGCAGGCCAAAAACCGAGAGCUCCUGAAGCAGGCAGCUGCCUUGUCCAAGAGCAAGAAGUCAGAGAAGUCAGGAGCUAUAACCUCUCCAUGACACACCUCAAGGAGGCUCCAUAGCAACAGCAAAUGGAGUUGUCCAGGGUUAGGGUUGGAGACCUGGCUGUUCUGUGGGAAUUGCAAGCUUUCUUAAGAAAUCUCUAUUUUAUUACAGUUAUCCUUUGUGCGAGUGCAGUGGGCUGAAUGGAAACACCUGGUUUGUGCUGUGUUAGACUGCAUGCUUGAGUGUUUGGGAUUUCAAGCUCGCUCUGUUUCUCUCACUAUUAGGACUUUUCUUUUUCUUCUUCCUCUUCUCUCUUUAUUUUGGUUCUAUUUUAAUUUUUUUGUGUGUGUGUGGUGGUCACUGCUCAGUAUAAUGUGCAGAAUGAUUUUUUUUUUUUUUUUUUUGGUCCAUCGUUGCAUCCUGCCAUACCCAUGAGCAAACAGUUUGGCAUUAAUUAUAUAUCACUGCCACCCUCUGAACUUUGAAAACUGCCACCUUCAGACUUGGUGUAAUGGAAGAGGCUUUCUCUCUCCAAUAAACCUUUUGCUUCAGGGUAUACUCUUGGGUUUUUUUCCAGAUGUAUUAUGUAUGAGCUUUGUACUAUGUAUAGCCAGAGUUUUAUUUAUUUUUUAAAAAAGAAACUUUUUCUUGAUAAAGGAAUAAUGGUAGCCUAGCUAGUUAUUGUAAAAGUGAUGCCUCUUGAAAAAAAAAAAACAGUCCUAUUCACUAGCUUUUAGUAAAAGAAUCAGAUCUUUUCUUUCUUGUUACCUUGGAGUCUUAAAAACAUUGCUAAGGUGAAACAAUUCAAUGCAUAAGUAUGGAGCUAAGUGCCUUUUGGAGGAUUUCUUGGAAGAGCAUUUAUGGAGAUACUUAAGGGAGGUAGCAAAGAUUUGAACCGUCUGUCUUUUUAAGUAAGGGCAGAAAGCAAGGUUGUCCAGGUUGUACUGGACAUUUCUCUCCCCACCCUUUUCCUGAUUGUUUUAUGUGAUUGAUUUUAAAUUUGAACACUGCCACUUCUUUAAAAAAUAAAAUCCUUUAUUUGCUUAUA